AAUGUUCCUUAAUCCUUAACACAUAGAGGAUGAUACUUAAGAACCUGUCAACCAAAAUCCUUAAUCUAGUUAAAGAUAAUAACCAAAAGGACGAUCUAAUAUCACUAAGUUUUCUGCAAAAACAAAAGAAGAGCCUAAAUAAGAUAAUAAGCCUUUGAGUAGAAUUUAAUAAGUAACUAUUAUUUAUAAGUUUCAGAAAGAGAUAGAAAUACAAAAGAAAUAGUCAGAAUCUCAAAUAAAAUAGAAUGAUGAAAUGGUUGAAAGUUUAGUUUAAUUUGAUUCAGAUCCAGAAUAAUAAGACACUAAAAAUUAGACAACUCCUUUAAUAGAUAGUCAAAAUAAAUAAGAAGAGCAUAAGGUGUAAAGCAAUCAAAUUAUUUAUAGCCUUAAUAAUAUACAAAAUCAUAAGGCACAUUAGAAUUUUAAUAGUUAAGUGUAUUAUAGAGCAAUAAACAAUACAAAAAAAAACUUGGUCAGAAUGAGUCUACAUAUGGUUAAGAUUUUGAAUUAGAAUUUGAAAAAGUAAGAAUCUAGGUAUAUUUAAGUUUUCUAUUAUUGGAAAUAAUCAUAAUCAAUAUUAUGAACCUGGAUUAUAAUUAAGUCAAGAUGAUUCUUUACCUUAACUCUAAAAGCAAAAUAAUAAAAUAUAAUUUGUUGAAAGUUUAAAAUUCAAACCUCAAGAAAAUAAUGUUGAAGAUGAUUAGAUUAUAAUAAAAAAAUAGAUAAUUAAAGAAGAAGAGGACAUAACAUAGGAUAAUAAUAAUUAUUAGAAAUUAUAAGAAAUAAUAGUUUAAGAUUAGAAUGAGGAUGAAGAUGAGGAUGAGGAUGAUGAUGGAUUGUUGUCUUAAUAAUAAAAAGAAUAAGAAAUAAGAAAAGAAUUGAAAUAAUAACAUGAUAAAAUAUAGAUGGAUAUAAUUCAAGAUACACAUGAAGUUAAAGAGUAAUAAGACAAUAAACAAGAUAUCCAAUAAGUUCCUUAAGAAUAACCUAAAUAAACUUGUCCAUAUCCAAAACCUCUCCUAUCCAUAGAAUUCCCAAAUGGAAAGAAACAUUUCCUUUUAAAUCCCGCCCCUAAAGGAGGGAUGAUUUAAUGUACAAUCAAGAGAGAUAGAAGUGGAAUGAGUAGAUUUUAUCCUAAAUAUCAUCUUCAUAUAUCAAAUGGAUUUAUGUAUCUGAUGAGUGCAAAAAAGAGAGCUUGUAAUAACACAAGCAAUUAUAUAAUUUCUAUGUCAAGAGAGGACUUAGAUAAAGGAAAUAAUUUUAUUGGUAAAGUAAGAAGCAAUUUUAUGGGAACUGAAUUCAUCUUAUAUGAUGCGGGAUUAAAUCCUGAAAAAACAAAAGAUCAAUCUAAAAUUAGAUAACAACUUGGUAUCAUUUAAUAUGAAAGCAAUCUUCUAGGAUCCAAAGGACCAAGAAAAAUGGUGGUAUUAUUGUAUUAUAAUUAUUAAGGUUUUAUUACCAAAUUUAGAUGAAAGAGAAUAAAUAUAUGUUUUUAAGCCUACUAAUUCUAAGGAUGGAAUACUAAAAGAAUAUUAAAAUAACAAUAGGGAUCAUAUUAUAACAUAUGUUAAUAGGCCUCCUUAAUGGAAUAGUAAACACAAAGCUUUUGUUCUUAAUUUCUACUAAAGAGUAGAUAAGCCAAGUGUCAAAAAUUUUCAACUUAUUGUUUAAAAUAAGGAGGACAAUAUUUUGCUGUAAUUUGGGAGGGUUGGAGAUGAUCUCUUUAAUUUAGAUUUCUAAUAUCCUAUUACUCCUUUAUAGGCAUUCUAAAUUGCAUUAACAAGUUUCGACUACAAAAUUGCAUGUGAAUGA